CAAAAAGUAAUGAGGACAAAAGAUGUAUGGCAAUUACUUUAUCAAAUGGACAGAUUCUAGCAUUCCGUUGCACUAAAGGUGAAUCCAAAACCUAAUUCCAGUCUCCCCCUCCUCUCUCUCUCUCUCUCGCCAUGUCUUCCCCUUCACAAAAUACACUGAAGAUAGGCAUUAUAGGUUUUGGCCCUUUUGCACAGUUCCUGGCAAAAACCAUGGUAAAACAAGGCCAUUCCAUAAGGGCCACUUCAAGAUCAGACUACACGGACCUCUGCACUCACUUGGGCAUCCUAUUUUUCAGAGAUAUGAUUGCAUUUCUUGAAUCAAACAACGAUGUUAUACUGCUAUGCACAUCAAUCCUGUCGGUGUCACAAGUCAUCGAGUCAAUUUCAUUCCAUGCCUUGAAGCAGCCCGUACUAUUCGCCGAUGUACUCUCAGUUAAGGAGUACCCAAGAGACCUGCUGCUACAAGUCGUGCCCCAAGAUUCGGAUGUGCUCUGCACUCACCCGAUGUUCGGGCCAGAGAGCGGGAAAGAUGGGUGGAAAGACCUGACUUUUAUGUUUGAUAGAGUUCGAAUAAGAAAUGAAGUUACAUGCUCCAGUUUCCUUCAGAUUUUUGCAAGUGAGGGUUGCAGAAUGAUGGAAAUGAGUUGUGAAGAGCAUGAUAAACUAGCAGCAAAAAGUCAAUUUCUCACCCACACUAUUGGCAGGGUCUUGUCCGAAGUAGAAGUCGAACCAACAUCCAUAGACACGAAGGGAUUUCAGAAGCUUGUUCAAGUGAAGGAGAGCGCAACAAGAGACACUUUUGAUCUGUUUAGUGGCUUGUUUAUCUAUAAUAGGUUUGCCAGACAGCAGCUCAAUAACCUAGAACUUGCUUUAGAGAGCGUCAAGCAACAGCUAAUAAAGAGGAUGAAUGAGGAGCUAGAUCAGAGCAUAUACACACCUUACAACUGAUGGAGAAGGAUAUCAGCAGAUGAACAUUUUAUCAUUAGUCUCUUACUAUCUCGGACUACCAAUUUGAAGUUGAUAGCAAUCUUGAGAGAAUCAUCCUAUCGUUACCCAAAACAAGUCUGAACAAAAUUAUUCAAACUGUACAUUUAUCAAAAGAGAAAUAAUUCAUUCCCAGUAUGGACCCUUAUUUGACUGUUCCAGAUUGGUUAGUUGAAUAACUGAUUGAUGAUUUCAGCAAUGCAUAGCUUAGCUCCCCAUAUUUUUUGAA